AUGAGUUAUUUCGGAGGGAGUGCAAAUUCACUUGCGUUCCCUUCUUACAACCAAGUUAGACCAUUUCAAACUCAGCAGCAGAAUUCGUCUAAUAAUAGUUCCGGUGAGACAGUGCUUUCUUCAGUGGCUCCACCACAUUCAAACUUACAUACACAAUCUCCAGUCUCGGAUCAAGCACUUAACCAGCAGCGACUGUUGAAGUUGCUGCAAAAGUCAGCUCAACCCCAAGCUGAAAAUCAACAUACGGUACGAAUAAGCAAAAGAGAGCGUAAAAAUAGACCUGGUCAGAAAUUUGGAGCAAAAAAGAAAUCAUGGGUAUGGACCUGGUUCAUUCAAGACGUUCAAGACCCUAAUGUUGCUGCAUGUGACUAUUGUGGGAAGAUUAUAACUAGACUUGCUUCGGAUAAGGGAUCUCCAAAGAAACUAAGUGAGCAUUUAAAGACUCAUAAGUUAAAUAGAGAAUCUAUAAAUAAUUCGCGGCCAAUCCCUGUUGAUGGAAAUGGCACCACAUAUGCACCAAACGGCUUACCGCUAAGUUAUGCUAAUGCUAAUGCUAAUUUCUCAACUCAUCCUGGUCCUAGUCCUAGCCCUAGUCAUGAUCAUGGCCACAGUCAUGGGCAUGCUCCCGGUGCAAUCCCCGUUUCAAACUCAAAUCUAGCAACUUCACCUACGAGUGGUGAACACACGAAACGUGACAAUAACUCCUUGUUAAAGGACUCCUAUCAUCAGAAUUUGCAUCUUUUAAAUCGGCUGCAGCACCAAAAUCAAGUCAUGCAACAGCCUUCACAGCUUUCUCAACAUCAACUUCAGCAGCACAUACUCGGUCUGUCGCAUCCUGCUGCUAACAAUAGUGUGCUUCCUACAAACUCACAAGCUACAAAUAACCUUGACUUCAAUGUUGGUAGAAGGUUCAUUUCUACGGAAUUUGAUAAUGCUCCCUAUACCACAAUGAAAUUCCAAAAGCAUCUAAUGAAGUUUCUUAUUGAAAAUAAGCUUUCAAUCAGUGUGAUAAAGUCUCAAUCUUUCCAGCAAUUGAUUUAUGAUCUCCGGUCUGACUCAGUAAGUGAGCUUUUAGAGUUAACGGGUCUAUGUUCUUCGCUACUUGAGGUUAGUAGAUUCGAUUCAAAUUCCUUGGAUCAAAGCAAAAGGGAUUCAAACAUCUCCGCGUCGACAUCAGCUAAUAAUGGAAAUAGAAGUAAUGAUAUCAACGCUGUAACUAAUGUCGUUGAUCUGUUAGAGCAAGCAGUGGAGAAGAAUUUAUAA